UACCAUCGGCUCAUUCAAGAAAUGCGGUUAAAUGAUCCUGAAUCAUUUUAUCAAUACUUUCGGAUGACCCCUUCGCGGUUUGAUUUACUUCUUGGUCUGGUUGGGCCAUACUUGAAAAAGAAUUCCUUAUACCGCGAGCCUGUGAGUCCUGAAGAACGCCUCGCUGUUACUCUUCGCUUUUUAGCGACAGGCGACUCUCAACAAAGCAUAGCAUUCAGUUUUCGACUUGGCCAUGCUACUGUGACCAAAAUCGUAGAGGAGUCUUCCGAAGCUUUGUGGUCUGCGUUGCAACCGUUUAUCAAGCCUCCAACGACAACAAGCGAAUGGAAAAAAAUCGCAACAGAUUUUUGGCAGUUGUGGAACUUCCCAAUGUGUUGCGGUGCCAUUGAUGGCAAACAUGUAGUCAUGCAAUGUCCCCCUCGGGCUGGUUCGUCAUUUUUUAACUAUAAAGGAACACAUAGCAUUGUUCUGUUGGCAGUUUGUGAUGCUAGGUACUUGUUUACUCUAGUGGAAAUUGGCAGCUCAGGCAGAAAUAGUGAUGGAGGUGUUUUUGGUGAGUCUAAAUUUGGAAGAGCCAUUGAAGAUGGCAGUUUAAAGUUACCAUUUGCAGAUCCUUCCAAAUAA